ACAACUGCUGUGGCCACGAAGAUGGACAAUACUACUGAAAAGCUUCAAAGACUCAUUAUUUGCCUGCUUAUACUUGUUGUUGGUGGUUCAACUAGUUUAAAAAAUUUAAAAAUCACAGUGCCAGAAAGAGUACGAGUUGGUGAUUCAGCUUUGUUAACUUGUAGCUACGAUUUGGAAGAUGCCCAUCUUUAUGCUAUAAAGUGGUACUUGGAUGAAGAAGAAUUUUAUCGUUUUGUGCCAAAGAACGAACCACCUCAUGACACCUUUCAAGUACGAAAUAUUCAAGUUAAUGUCUCGAGCUCGAACAUGCAGGACGUGACGCUAGUCAACGUGCAGAAUAACCACACUGGGAGGUACAAAUGUGAAGUAACCGAGGACAUCCCGCGUUACGACACCAAACUCCAGGAGGCUGAUGUCCUUGUUGUCGAUGUCCCAGAAACAGAGCCGAGAAUUGCAGUCGACAGACUCCACUUACCAGCCGGGGAAAAACUCCAAGCGAAUUGUACGUCAGGCGCUUCUCGUCCCGCCCCCAACAUUACGUGGACCCUUAACGGAGCACCAGUAAGUAUCAACUCACCUUCACAACUGUCUCUCAUUCAAAAGGCUACGUGA